ACAAAAUCAUUUCGCGAUGCGAUGGUGUUUCGGUUUAGAACGUUGUAAGAUAUGAUUCGGAAAAUGCCAAAAAGUUAGAAUGCUGGUAUAUAUUUAUUUAGAAAGAAGAGAAAAAAAUGCAAGUAGUAACUAGUAUGCAUCCAUGCAAUGUACUGACUGACAUAAAAUUUGCACUAAUCACAAAUGUAUUUUUCACUGCUUGACACAUUUCAUUGUAUUAGCAGAUAUAUCCUUGUCAACUGCCAGGCCCUCCAUUCUACUAGAGAUACUCUAUAAAUACUACCAUCAUUUAGUAUCUUUGAUCAAACCUUGCCACCACCGCCCCCAAACCCUACUGUGCACUUUCCUGUUAGCCAAUCAUGCGAGUAAUCUUCGAACACCUAGAGAGUUUCAGACAAUGACUGUAUGGCUAUGAUUUGGGUCAAAAAGCAUAUGUGGUUCCGAUGGAUCCGCAAUUUUUCACCUCGAUCACUUUUAUUGCUUUACGUGUUACUAGUAAUUGUUGUCAAUGAAUACCUAGUUUUCUGGGUGCAAAGCUGGAGGUGGCCAUCACUUCCUGAUCACAGCAGAAACCCAGAAGAAGAACUCGUUAUUUUACUAGCAUCUGAUCCUCAGCUGAUUGGCAUUCAGGAUGAGCAUGGUUUUCCUCUUGGUUCCAUAACUCGAUGGGACUCAGACAGGUUUUUGAGCAAGACAUUUGCAUUAGCAUAUAACUACCUGCAACCAGAUGUGGUGGUAUUUCUUGGAGAUCUCAUGGAUGAAGGCAGCAAGGCUACUCAAGAGGAAUAUAAAUCUUAUGUUGAGCGAUUUCACUCUGUUUUCUACCUUAUGAAAGGUUCAAAGGUUAUUUAUGUCCCUGGAGACAAUGACAUAGGAGGAGAAGGUGGAGAUGUGCGUACACCAGGUAAAAUACGUCGCUUUGAAAGCCAUUUUGAGAAUACAACAGGAGUGGUCAAAGUACACUUCCUUGAUUUUAUAAAGUUGAACUGGCAGGUGUAUCACAGCUCUCCAGUUCAGAUGAAGUCCAUUAUUAAGGGUAUGGUACAACAAAUGACUUCCCCAAUACGCAUUGUGCUGAACCAUGAACCUGUCAUCGUUCAGAUGAAAAAUAUGGUUUACCCUGUGAGAGGAAACUGCCAGUCAUGUUUAUAUAUAGCCUUAGUUCUUUGGAUAAUAGUUCUGAAAAUGGCUCAGCCCAGUCUUCUUUUUGUUGGGCACUGGCAUGCUUCCCAGCUUUACACAUGUGACACAUGCUUAUCAAGUAAUGAGGAUAGCAGCCAUUGGCCAGUGCAUGUUCAAGACCUGCAGCAGUUUAAAGGAUUUGUGACAGUAGAUUUCACUAACUUAAUAUCUGUGCACGAGGUUAUGAUACCCACAUGUAGCUAUCGUAUGGGAACCAGUUCCAUGGGCUAUGGUGUGGCUUUUAUAAAAAAAUCUGGGUCUAUGAAAUAUGGUGUGCUGUGGCUGCCAUCACGCUACUAUCAGCUAUAUGCCUAUCUUGCUGCUCUUGGAGCUUUGCCUUUCAUUGCCUGUCUUUUAGAAGUAGUUAUAUUUUUACGCAGUUUUUCAAGGCAAAGGUGGACUUAAAUUAGACUUAAAUGACCCACACCGCAAUGUGAUGUUUUAUUACUGCAUUACUUCAUUCCUUCAGAUCUGAUUAUAUUAGGAAAUAUGGCUGUGAGAUUUUUUCCCUUCUAUUCCGAGUACAUAAAAUUCUGUUUUACAAUGUUCUAGAAGCGUAACACUCAUGUGUUGUAGGUGUUACUCAAUAUUCAAAAUACAUUCAUUGUGUAUUUGUGAUUUGAACAAAAUCUUGUGCAAAUCAGCUGUUGUGUCUAAAUGUCAACUGAUUUACUUUGUGCAUCAUCAGAUAUGAAAGAAUGAGACUGAGGUCAGAAAACUUGGUUUAUAGAGAAGGUUGUGGCAAAUGGACACAGUUAUAUGCCACAAAAAUGUGUGAAAUAUAUGUCGUCAUAUUUCUUGUGUUUUGGUGUGAAACUAGGAUCAGAUUUUGAUAUGCUGCGUAAACCAGGUGCAUGUGGUUUUAUGCAAACUGGUACCAGCUUUUGUAAUCUUCUUAGACAUUAAAGGAGAGGUCAGUUGUCACUAUCUUGUUAGUGAAUGUAUAUCUGCUUUAUAGGCGACAUUUUAUUGGACUUAUACUGUUAACUCUUAUUUAUUCAUUCAUUCAUCCAAUGACUGUUACUGGUCACUGAGGGGAACAUAUGGAUAGAUGCAGCUGCAGACAAGCCUGUAUUGAAUGAUGUUGAUCAAGUUCUGCAUGGGACAACUAGUCUACUCCUUCAUGUUUGUAACCCAGUUCUUCCUCUGCUUAUCCCCUUCCAAGGUACCUUAAAGGACAGUCUUUGACAGAGUGGCUGAACCAGAUGAGCUUGUCACUAUACUGUUGCAAGUAGUGGUUCCUGGUGUCCUCCAAUUGUGGCAACCAUGCUUUGUACAUAGUCAUUGGAAUAAUGUUCCUUGUACAAGAUUCCAAGUACUUUCCCAGGCACUUGUUCUCAAAUAACUGGAUUCAUCUGUCAGUUUUGACAAGCAGAGUUUGUUUCAUAGCCUUAAAGCAGGACAGAUACUACAAAGGACUUGUACUGACUGUACUUCAUAGUAAACAUGAUGCUAUGGCACCAUAAGAUCCUGCCAUACCAGGAACGAAUGUGCCAUAAGCUUUAUUUUUAGCAUAGAUUUUAAGAAUAGUUCUGAAUAAAUAUACAAAUACUUAUGUUGAAAAUGCAAGAUAUUGAAAGGUGUGCUGUCUACAUGAUUUUGAGUAAUUUUUUAAGUACUACAAUAAUUCUUUACCUUUCAGUGUUAGAGGCUAGCCUGAGUACAUAAUCAUUUUCAAAUGCUUGGUUUAGUCCAUGAAAGGAUACAAAUUUUCAAAAUCAAGGUAAAAAGUUAUGUUCCAUUCAUGAGAUACGAGCCUCCCAACAUUGCAAUUCUCACAUGGGUUUUGGAAAAAGGUUAAGAUUUCUGUGAUGUUACAAAUGUUAACUUGAAGAUUGGCCAAAACCUCAUGCAUAUUCUGAACUUUAUUUGCUUUACCUUUGGUGAUGUCAGAAGUAUGAAUUUAUAUUAAUUCACAAAAAAUAUAUAUAAAUUUGUUGUGCUCUUUCAUAACUAACUAAAAAUGGUUGUACAUUCUGACAACUUGUUAAUAACUUUGGCCUGGUUAGCCUCAAAUAAUCAUUGAUUUGUCCAGAUUUCUAGGUGUCACCCCAGCACUUUUAAGUAAGAAGUGGCAAUUCUGUGCUUUCCCUCAUAUGCUCCACGACUGUACACAACUUAAAACUUGUAGGACCUUAUCUUUUAUGUGGUCGUUUAAGAUUGUAUAUGUUCACAAUCCUAUAAUACCUGUUUUUAUUUUAAGCACUAAGUGCAUGGAAUGUUUGCUUGGAGGGAGAAUUAUACUUUACAAAGGAAUAUCAAUUUAACAUAUGAAUUUAAUGAAGAUCUGCCAGUUUGGCUCUUUUACUACUUAUUAUCCAAUUCAAAAGAGUUUGCUUAGCAUAGCUGAGUACAUAUUGAAGCUAGCCAAAAGAACACUGAUCAUG